AUGUCAGAUGCUUGGCAUGAUGCACCGAGUGCAUCAUUGCUCAAAGACAAGGCACCGCGAUUGGAUGCUGCAUCGAUGCAUCGACGUAGGCGUCCUCGCGUGAAGAGCCAUAGCCGCUCACAAUCGAGCCGUCGCGCCCGCCCCAACAAAGUUUCGAGAGACAACGCGACCACAGACCGCCGUCGCUCUUAUGCAGACGUACAGAGAAGUAAAGCAGACAACGCUGUGGGUAUCCGAUUCGAGAAGGCUCCCCCCGCGUAUGACCGUUUCGUGUAUCAUGCUGAGGCCCGACGUCCUCGGCGUCCUCAUUCGCGCGAGAUCAAGUCUCGUCGUCAUAAACGCCCAGCAGCCCGCUCUGCGAGCGAACGUCAUGAGGCAGGGACUCAUGAAGCCGUGCGCCAUGAGCGCCGUCGUUCGCGCCAUAGCAUGGCAACGGUCUCGCACCCCACAGAACGUCCUCAACGUCGCCGCAGUCGGCGACCAAAGAGCUCAGCGGAUCCGGAUGGCCGGUCGACACGCUCCCCUACCACUUCUGCUACAGAAAAGCGUACGGAACGCUCCAAGCGCUCGAUCAUGGUGCCGUCACAAUCCCUGGCUGAUGAGCCGGUAUUCCAAGAUGGCUUGACAGGGCCGCCUAGUGACGCCGAUGAUACCCAAGCGAUAUCACAACCAUCUCUUAUAAAUACACCAGCCUAUCGCCUGUCUUUUCUCGGCGGACUCUCUGUGUUUCGAAGCGAUCCAGUCAAGCAACAUCGGAAAUUUGAUGAAAAACAGCGCAAAAAGCAGCUCAAAGAACAAGCGCUCCAGGCGCGAAAGGAGGCGCAGGACCAAAGGGCUGCUGAGAAAGAAAAACUCGCCCAGAAACGCAAAGUUGCCGCGUUGGUAGAGCAGCAAAAGCGUGAUGCUGCCAAGGCGCGGCGUAAGCAGGAAAAGGAGGACAAGCAAAACGCAGCCCAAACGGCGAGGCAAGCCAAGGCGAGCGAGGCAUUUAUGCUAGCACAGCAGCGUGAACGCGAGCGCGAGUUGUCCGAGCUGGGUCGCAAACAGCGUCGUCUCAUGUCUAUUACGCCGUUUCGUCCUCGGGAUCCGACGCGGUCGGGUCCGAGACUGGCUCCUCUCCAGCGUCAUCUUCUUGUCAAGACCCUCGUCAUGAUGCAGAUGCAGACAGAGUGGCAGAGUCUGGCUCGGCGUGGUAUGAUCGGACUUUAUGGGUACCCCUUUGUUUUUGGCACAGCGAGCCCGGAGCGACACAAGUGGACCUCUAUGUGGCAGAGGCAACGCGUACAUGAGCCACAUCGAAUGUUUGCUCCCACGGAAGAGCCGCUGAUUCUGCGGCAUCUGUUCCAUGUGCACAUGCGCCCAUUCCCAGGCUUAUCGAGUGCGCCUCCGUCGUUUUGGCAGAACCGUGUUCAGUGCCUGAUAGACGAGUUUGUGACGCACGCUUUAUCGACGUCGCGUGAACGCACUCAGCUUGUCCCGACACAUAUCUUGUCGCUCAUCGCUACGCAAUACCUUGGGCUGUUUUUCGCGCGUGGUAUCGGUGUGCGUGGCGCCGAUGAGCUGCGUGGUCCAGGGUGGGGGGACCCUGGCACGGAAUCGUGGGGCGUCGGUAAGCAGUGGGGUGCAGGCACCGUCAAGCGCGGACUCGCGCGGCCGUAUGAGCUGACGAAAGAUGACGUGGACCUGAUUGACUCGUUGUAUGACGGUGAGGAUCUGGUGGCGUGGCAGGCAGCCGGGCGUGAAUCGAAACGGGUGCAGAGCGACUUUUCCGCCUUUAAGGAAAAAAUCAUUGAGCAGGAAGAUGGCCUCGACGAGAUGGUGGGAUACCUGAGUAUCAGCAACGUCCAUAAUCUGCCCCAAGAACUGCAGAACACGGCUGAAGGGCUGCGUAUUCAUGUCACACUCAUGGUGCGCUGGCUGUUGGUGGAUUCGCCGCUGGCCGAUACGAUCUUCGAGACUGUGCGCAUCAUUCACAGCAUGUUUCCGUACUGGGCUGUGCGUCAGGCGCUGUCUGUGGCUAGUGCGAAACAUAUGGUCCAGCUCCUGCUCACAAUAUUUCUGGCGCAGCCUGUCGGCUCCGACUCGCUGCUUCAGCGGAUCGUGGUAUACACAUUCACGCGUGAGUGCUCGGCGUUGGACGCAUCGGUGAUAGAGCCGAUCCGCCGUGAAUUGCCCGACGUGGUGCUUGUGAACAAGCUCGAAAAGUAUGCACGCGAACGCACAUCGGAAGACGUUGCGCACAUGGAAGAGGAUGCGGACCAGACGGGCAACGACAUUCUCACGACAAUCCUGCUGUCGAACUGGGAUCCACUAUUGGAUAUAACAACGCAGGAUCAUGUGCUGGCCAUGCAAAAGGCUUAUAUGGCCUCGCCAUUCCGUGCCAAUCUGGACCUGGCAUACCCAUCUUCAACACCACAGGGCCAGUCCCAGCCUGCGACGCCGCCUUGGGAGACUGAAACUUCGGCGAGUAGUAUGGCGGAUGCUCGUGAAUUUGCGCUACUUAAGCUGUACUUGCGCAGCUUGCUACAGAAGCACGACCGUCAGCGCAUGGCCAAAUGGUUCAGCUCGAGUCUCUUUGUCCAGUUCAUCAAGGACUUGCUGCAGCAUGUCUUUUACCGUGGUCUACAGGCCGCAUCCAAGUCAUCUGACCUGGGAGGUCGUCUGCACGAUUUCCAGAAGUUGGUCGAGGACUUGAUCGACGUGCGACGCCACACAGACAAUGGCGUGGAGCACUGGAUGGGCCUGGCUCACAGACACCACGAGUUCAUCUACUUUUUCGUCCACGAGCUGGCACCUGUCAUGGGCCCAGUAUGGUCCUGGUGCCAAGAGACGCUCGACUAUAUGUCUCUGUCGACGAGUGAUCCACAGCGCCCAGGCGACCGGCGUGCACAGGACAUUGAGUUGAACCCAGACGAGAUGCUGGAAGACGCACGCCUGACCGAGGAGGACACGGAGGAGAUUGUCCGCGAACUGAACGAUAUCGCCUGCUACAGCCGCUGGAGUAAGAUCCGUCGAGAGCUUGACUUUCGUCGCCUGUUUUUAAAGACGCGCGCGAGCAACUCUGAGAUGCGCAUGUCGAGGGCGAUGCAGCAAGACAUGGAGGAUCUGGACGGCCUGAUGAGUGAGCUGCUCCAAAAAGAAAAGGUGCCCAUCGACGAUGGCACUUGCGACGAUGUUCGCGGCACGGAGCGAAGCUCGAUGCCCUGGGCGUACUUUGACACCGUCGAUCCUCUGGGUCAGUCCCUUAUGGCCGAGCCUGAAUUACCCUUCAAGUGUAAGGUAUCGCGCGUGGGUCCCCGUCCGCCAUCGCUGUUCUACAUUCGGAAACUUCUGCCCAUGUUCCGAGAGGUGCUCAUUGCCGAAGUGCCCGACUGGCUCGAUCCUGAGCUCAACGGCCCACCGCAGCCGACACCAAAGAACAUCAAGCUCUCGUCUAUCAAGUUGCUUCGCAAGACAAGCAAGUAG